UAGGCGCACCCACCCCCACAGCCCUAGAAAUGGCAACCACCACCCGCUCCUUCCACACAUCCCAUCCUAUCUCAAGAUUCUCUGCUGUUUCAGGCAGAUUUCAUCAGGUCUCUUCUCCAGCCCCUACCCACCUCCCAAUUCCCGCGCAGCUCGGCUGUGUUCUCUCAUUCUCCCCUGGGCGGAACUGAUGGCGAAGAUCCGCCAACCGCGCAGUCGGUGGCAGGAGAGACUGCAGCGGGUGAGCUAGGGGCUGCUAGACAAAGCAGGGAGAGAGUGAAACUUCAGCCUAGUCCGCUUUCCACUGCCGCGGCUGGGGCAAGUCAACCCGCGCCUGUAACGUUUUGGCUUGACUUGCUGAUGUGCUGGCUGGGAUGGCGUGGGGAGAGGGAGGAGGCGGGUCUACCCUGGGACAGUCAUCCUUCAGUUGGUCUCCUGGACUCUCCCUUCGUCUUCCUGCCCCCCAGCCUGACCUGGCUCUUUCGCCCCUCGGAUAACCGGCUCACCUCUGAACUUUGUCUCCUUGGAGCCACCUCACUGAUACAGCUUCGGAUGUGGAUGUGGAUUUGAACCAUGUUGCGGCACCAGGGACUGCUAUGGCUCCCUUUGUUUUUCACCUCGGUCUGUGUCAUGUUAAACUCCAAUGUCCUCUUUUGGAUAACUGCUCUUGCCAUCAAGUUCACCCUCAUUGACAGCCAAUCACAGUAUCCAGUUAUUAACACAAAUUAUGGCAAAAUCAGGGGCCUAAGAACACCAUUACCCAGUGAGAUCUUGGGUCCAGUGGAGCAGUACUUAGGGGUCCCCUAUGCCUCACCCCCCACUGGAGAGAGGCGGUUUCAGCCCCCAGAAUCCCCGUCCUCCUGGACUGGCAUCCGAAAUGCUACUCAGUUUGCUGCUGUGUGCCCUCAGCACCUGGAUGAGAGAUUCUUAUUGCAUGACAUGAUGCCCAUCUGGUUUACUCUCAAUUUGGAUACUUUGAUGACCUAUGUUCAAGAUCAAAAUGAAGAUUGCCUUUACUUAAACAUUUACGUGCCCACGGAAGAUGAGUCUCACUCUUGAUGCCUGGACUGCAAUGUCAUGAUCUCAGCUCACUGCAACCUCCAU